UCAGUUGCCGCACAGACGCGCAUCGGGCAGGUUGUCAACGGUUGGCGCACUGCACUCGAGCAGCAAUCGAUAGAGCGAAAUAUUUACCUGCGUUAGUUUUAAUUAUGCCAUUCGCAUGUGCUUUGUGUGUUGUGUUUAAGCCAAAGAGGCGCAAAACCUAAAUUGAAACAGAAAUUACACUGCCAAAAAUAGCAAGCAAUAGCAGAGCUUUCCAUCAAAUUACCCGUACUUUGGCAAUCUAUCUGGAACAUUUAAAUGCUGGCAACCAGCUGCCCAAGUUUGCUCACUGCUGAUCAUGUUUUGGCCAAAACAAUGCCCGGGCUCUGCUAGCCUCCUGCUGCCGCUGCUCCUCAGCCUGCUCUACACACAAAAUGCAUCCAGUUUCCUUGUGCCAAACGAAUUGCCCAGCUUAUUGGCCUUAGUGUACUCCAACAUCCCAGCGCUGAAGAAAGGAACCGAUUCGCGUCUUGGCUUUGGUUUUCGUCUGGGCGAAAAUGCCGAUUUCCAAGUGCUCGUCGAGCUGGGGCCCCAGAAGGAGACGAGACCCAUUGGGGAGCCCAACAAGGAUGAUAUGUCGUUCAAACGUCAGGUGACACCCAGCGAGCAAGAGGCCCUGCUGCGCCAGCAGUACCGCCAGCAACUGAAGGAGGAGGCCCAGAGAUUGAUGACCUCGACGGAGCGAAAUGGGGCCACCUGGCUGGAGAGCUGGUCGAACGGCAUGCAGCCGCAAAAGCCUGCGGCGAAGGGUACAAGUCGUGGUACAAGUCGUCCGGUGGUACAAAGCCAGGCCCCCAACCUUCCGCAGCAGCCACAAAUUCAAGAGAAUGCCAUGCAGCAGCUGCAGCAGCUAUUCAAGAUGGCCACCAGCAGCAGCAGCACCACCACAGCGCCGCCUCCGUCCUAUGCAGGUGGCGCCCUCAAACUGGGUGGCCCCAGUGGGUUCAAGCUGCCGCCGCCCGCGCUCGAGCAGGACUCCAACGCCUUGAACAAUAUUGGUCCGGCUAGGAGCAAGAGCGAAAUCACGAAGGAGCUCAUGGAUGUCAGUCUGGAGACGGAGGCUUAGGUUGUGCAACAUUUCUAGUUACUAAUUGAUUCAAUUACCAUACACACAUGUAUGCAUGUGUAUGUGUGAGCUUAGGCAAUCUGUAAAUAGUGGCUUAACCAUUUUCUCUGUAAAUAAACACAAAUCUUUACUAAUUAAA